AUGCAUGAACCUCCUGCUUCGUUUGCCUUCAGGUUAAAAGAGCGACCAGCCUCCUCUGCCAGCCAGACCAGCACCGUGGUUAAUGAGCGCCUGCAGGAGUUGGUGAAGCUGUUUAAAGAGAGAACAGAGCGUGCUAAGGAGAAGCUCAUUGACCCAGAUGACUCGGAUGAAGAAACACCUCCUGCCUGUGAGCUGCUGCAGUACCGAUUCCCAACCAGCAUCGACCCCUUCACAAAUCUGGUAUACGUCCUGUGGCUACUCUUUGUGACUUUGGCGUGGAACUGGAAUGUGUGGCUGAUCCCGGUCCGCUGGGCUUUCCCCUACCAGACGCCAGAUAACAUCUACCUGUGGCUGUUAACAGACUACCUGUGUGACACCAUCUACAUCCUGGACAUCUUAGUCUUCCAACCCCGGCUACAGUUUGUACGUGGUGGAGAUAUAGUGUGCGAUAAAACAGAGAUGCGAAAAAACUACAUGAAAACCUUUCGGUUCAAGAUGGAUGUCAUUAGCCUCCUGCCCCUUGAGUUAUUCUACUUCAAAACUGGGAUCAAUCCUCUGUUACGUUUCCCCCGACUACUGAAGAUCAUGUCUUUCUUUGAGUUCAACGAACGUCUAGAGGCUAUCUUGACCAAGCCUUACUUUUACAGAGUCAUCCGCACCACUACAUAUUUGCUGUACUCGCUGCAUUGUAACGCCUGCCUGUUCUACUGGGGUUCUGCGUACGAGGGCCUCGGUUCCACCCAGUGGGUGUAUGAUGGGAAGGGAAACAGCUACAUUCGCUGCUAUUACUUUGCAGUGAAGACUCUGAUCACAAUUGGAGGACUGCCAGACCCCACAACUCUUUUUGAAAUUGUGUUUCAGCUCAUCAAUUACUUUGUUGGGGUGUUUGUGUUCUCCAUCAUGAUUGGUCAGAUGAGGGAUGUGGUGGGGGCAGCGACAGCAGGGAAAACCUACUACAGAUCCUGCAUGGACAACACAGUGAAAUACAUGGCUGCGUACCGAAUACCCAAAGAGGUCCAGAACCGUGUAAAGACCUGGUAUGAGUACACGUGGCAGUCUCAAGGCAUGCUCGAUGAACAGGAGCUACUAGUUCAGUUACCUGACAAGAUGAGACUGGAUAUUGCUGUGGAUGUCAGCUAUUCCAUUGUCAGUAAAGUUGCUCUAUUCCAGGGUUGUGACCGCCAGAUGAUCUUUGACAUGCUGAAGAGCCUCAGAUCUGUUGUCUACUUGCCAGGGGACUAUGUCUGUAAAAAGGGAGAAGUGGGUCGAGAGAUGUACAUCAUCAAAGCUGGGGAGGUGCAGGUUGUUGGUGGUCCAGAUGGGAAGACAGUCUUUGUCACUCUGAAAGCAGGCUCUGUGUUUGGGGAGAUCAGUUUACUGGCGAUAGGUGGAGGGAACCGGCGCACAGCUAAUGUCAUUGCCCAUGGUUUCGCUAAUCUCUUCAUUUUGGACAAAAAGGACCUUAAUGAGAUUCUGGUGCAUUACCCCGAAUCUCAGAAGUUGCUUCGUAAAAAAGCCAAGAAGAUGCUGGCCAAAGACAAAAAGCCUGAUCCAAAGAAGGAAGAAGCAAAAGAGAGAGCCCAGGUCAUCCCUCCCCGAGCUGAAACGCCCAAACUGUUGAAAGCUGCUCUUGAGAUGACUGAGAAAUCAGGCCUCAAAGGCGCACUUUCCAAACUGAAAGAGAAGGCAAAUAAGUCCAACGUAUCACUUCAGCCGUCGUUGGCAUCGACUCUCCUGACCCCCUCUCCCACCCCAGGGCAGCCUCUGGAGCAAGAGCUCGAUAUCCAGUCUCAACACUCGGAGAGCUCCACAGCCACUCGCAGGACAGGCACCAGUGAAAGAGAUAGUGCUAUCUCUUCCCAGGAGAGAGAGGCUUUGCAAGAGGACAAAGAGAAUAAAGGGAAAGAGGAAAAAGGAUGAGAUAACUGGACUUACCAGGAAAUCAUCCCUCCUUUGAUCCAAAGACAUAUUCCUCUCCUCUCUCCUCCACAGGAUGGUGACGUCAACAUACAAGUUCCUGCGGACAAAAGUGUCAUGUAUUUUUCUUCUCCUUCAUAAAACAGAGAUAUUGCUUCAUGUCUUUGGGUCUCAAAAUAUUCUCUGAAAUUAUAAUGAUUAUUUGUAGUGCAAUGCCUUGUUUAAAGUAUUGAACUGAAUACAUUUCUAUCGAACAGAAUAAUCUAAGGCAGAGAUUUUGUUGUUGUGUUAAGCUGUACAUGGCCCUGCCAUCUCCACAUUUCCUGUUGUGUCUGCUCUUGCUGUUGAACAAACGCCUUAAAGCUUGAACCAUAAAUCUACACUGUCAUCAUAGUAAACCGCUUCUGUACUCUCCUCUCCCCCACAUUUUUCAGUUCUCCCCUUCCAUUUCACCAGCUUACAGAGGCCCACAAUUCUAUGUAUUGUGGUGUGUUAGCUGUGAGGGAGAAUGAUUAAGACCUUAAGGAGUUGUAGACACUUUAAUGCAGUUGUAUAGAUAGACAGAAACGUGUGAUAGUAUAAAUAAAACACAAUAUGCUUCUCCUUUACAACCAGAUGUUGAUGCAAAAGGUGAUGUAGAAUGAUGAACCCUGAGGGUUAUUCGAGAAUUAAAUACAGAUACCUCAGUCAAUUGCCUUUUUUUAAUUUAUGGAGGUUGUAGUCUUUUAUUUUGUUUGCCAUUUUCCCUAGGAGCUGGUUUUAAUAAAUAACUAAAAUGUCAUUAUUUUUAACAUUGUUUUAUCUUACAUUAGGCCAUGUGCUUGGUGUACAUCACUUGCAGUACAUAUUUUAUAUUAGGCCUACAAGUUUACAAAUGUAUCAAAUAGGCCUAUGUGUAAACAGAGACAUUUCAUUCUCUCUUUUUUGUUAUUUUAGGAUGAGCAAAUGAUUCAAUAAUACACCAAACAGGUGGGUGAUGUGCCCAAAUCUGUAUAGUUGGCUGCUGAAUGUUUUUAUUUGUUUGUUUGUUGGUUUGUUUGUUUGUUUGUUAAUUCCUCUUUAAGAUUAUUUGGUUUCUUUGAUGUAUUUUUUGCCCAUGUUCCUGGACCUCACCAAAGGCCUGAGUCAUUUCACUAAUUUCAUAUGUGAAACAAGUUAUGAAGGCCAUAUAAACCUACAGUAUAGCCUAUGGUUGACUGGAGGGUGUCUCAACAGCAAA